UAACAUUUCCAGUGAUUUUUGUCUAACAAUAGCAUUCAUGAAAAGAACAAAACCACACUCCAUAAUAAACUAUGAAAUAGUCUGAAGAAAAAUAAAGUUCUCGGAUAUCUACUAUAAGGUUAUCAAAAAUAUUGACCUAUUGUAAAAAGUAUUGAUAACAUCAUUCAAUAAUUGUUUAUGUUUUUUCCGUAGAGUGAGUUUAGAUAUUUGCGAAACAGUGUAUAUUAUUCAAGCAGAAUGAAGUCGGGUACGUUUGGGUACCUGAUUUUACUUUUAGUGGUAGUGGGGCAGAUUAGGGAGAACGAAUGCAGGGGACGCAGAAGGCCUUCACCUUCCAGAAGGCCAACACCGUCACCAUAUCGGCCGUUUCCAACACAUAGACCAACAUACAGACCAUUCCCCACCCAUGCUCCAACAUAUAGGCCAUUCCCAACACAUGCACCAACCUACAGGCCAUUCCCCACUCAUGCUCCAACACAUAGGCCAUUUCCCACACAUGCUUCAACAUAUAGACCAUUCCCGACACACGGUCCAACAUAUAGGCCAUUCCCUACACAUGCUCCAACACACAGACCUUUUCCUACUUUUGCACCAACAUACAGAACAUAUCCAACCCCAGCAGUAACAUAUAGGACUUACCCAACCAAAGCAACAACAUAUAGGACUCACCCAACCCGAACAACAACAUAUAGGACUCAUCCAACCCGAGCGCCAACAUAUAGGCCUCACCCAACCCGAACAACAACAUAUAGGCCUUACCCAGACCAAGCACCAACAUAUAGGACUUACCCAACCAAAACGACAACACAUAGGACUCGCCCAACAAAAACAACAACAUCCAGUCCUUAUCGAACCAAAUCGCCGACAAUCAAAUAUCCAUCGAAUACAUAUAAACCAUCUACUACUCACAUACCUUAUCCCACCCAAAGGACAACAUAUAAACCUUUCCCUACACAUUCCUCUACAUAUAGGCCUUCUCCUACUCAUAGACCUUCCUCUACACAUUAUCCAACAAUGAGGACAACAAGACAUACUACCCCAUAUCCAACUCAGAGAUAUCCCACAGGGCCACAUCCAACAUACCCAGGGUACACGAAUGAAGGUAUCUACACUCCAAAACACUAUCAACCUUCAUACCGCAUUCCUGUACGUGUACCGUCUGCCGGUGGCACUAAAAUCAAAGUGUACAACAUCAACAACUACCACUCUCCAAGCUAUUGGGCUCCUCCUACCUAUCCCGUUUAUCACUACACCCACAGAGAUACGGGUAGUACAGCUCUAGGCUUUCAUAUAGGUUACAACCUAAGAAGAAUCUCUCAUCCAACCUACUACCACCAUCAACAUAGCUUCUACGACGGUUACAGCCCAAGAUACGAUCACUACACAGUCCAUCAUUACUACCAUAAUAGAGAGAGUAUUCCAAGACAGCAAACAGUAACAACAAAAGUUAUAAUACAAUGUGGUGAUAGCUCCCAAAUAUGUCCAGCUAACACAACUUCACUUUGUACUGCAAGUGGCCAAAUUAUGUGUGUUGUAAUUGCUUCCAACACAGUUCCUUGUGCAGACCAACCCAACAUGAGAUGUGUAAAGAGCACAAUACCUUGCGAGAACAACGAAGCUCCUGAAUGUAAAGGUAUCGCGAAAGGACAGACAACAACAGUUAGCAUUCCUUGUAUUUCUAACACAACAAUUGAAGGAAAUGUGACAACAGUUAACAACACAAUUGUUUCGAAUGAUCCACAGAAUAAUACUACGAGGGUGUUAGCUACUGAAACAACCACUCCUCAGAUUUUGACAACACAAAGCACAAUUGGAGAUCUUGGUAACAGAAGAAGAAAACGUGAAGCACCACUAGAGUUUUGCGUUACUGUUAUAGCACAACCUAGUAAGAGAGCUUUAACUGAAGGAGAGCAAGUAUUCAAUGAGAUUGCUAGCAUAUUUGAUAAGUUUUUCACAACUGCUUUUGGAAUGGACAAGCAACUUCAAAAGCCACCUACAUCAGUGAAAGAUGAAAACUACAUACCUAAAUUUGGAGGCUGAAACCUCCUCGUUGCA